AACGCCAUGUGCCACAACAGCAGACAGUCGGUAUGACAGGGCGCGGCGGGCGCGACGGGGAUGCAGCGCGACGCUACUCGCCCAUUGACUCUUAUGGUGCUUCAUCAGCUGCUGCCAGCCCAGCAGUUACGUUCAGCCCAUCAUCCCUCAUUCCUCGUGUGCCUCCAUAUUCCUUUUGCUGCCUCGCGACCCCAGGCUGAAUCACGACCCCGUUUCAUUUCGACUUGCUUUUUACUCCUCCGUCUGGAACAAUUCGCCUUCAAAUAUUCGCCAGCCUGAACUUUCACACCACCCAAAGCCCAACUAUGGAUCGCCCAGCACUCACAUCACGGGAGCAUCUGGAGCUUUUGCGAAGCUCCGCGUUUGAAUCCGAACAUGCCUGGCUAUAUGACACUUCCUAUCUGCAACAUGAGGCAGCAGCGUUGGCGUUGGAGCAAGAGAUUGAGCAAUCGCAUGCCAGCAUAUCACCGGACGACAACUCAGACGAGCAAGUGCGCAUCAUCAAGACGCAAAUCAACAUCCACAGGGAGAGGCAGAGGGCGCUAAGGCCGCAUCUUGAAAGUGGGAGCGACCAAAUCGACGAAGAUGGGAACGAGUGCGUCUUUGUACCCGCACCGAACCAGUGGGGAGCGAAUGGAGACUUGGACGAGGAAAGUGAGAGCCUGUCUGCAAUCCACAGCCUCCUCACAUGGCAGACCUCAUACUCGCCCGUCUCACAUGCCCCACCUGACGAACUCCCCUCCCCAAACACACCAUACCACUCGUUGCUCGAUCCUCACCAGCCAACAACAACGUACAAUCUUCACCGCACACGAGAAUGGACGGGUUCUUCCGGUUUUAGGAAGUACAUCUACAGCGCACGCGACUACUCUGACAAAUAUGCUCUAUAUACGCUUGAAGCUACCCAUCGCGACGAUAGCCAAGUCAACGCUGCAGACUUCUUCCGUGUCGCCGAAUACCCACAACCAUGCAUAAACGUUCUUCUCUCCGGCAUCGACAAGAAGCGCGCCAUGACCAAAAACGCAGCUUACAAGUCGCGGUGCAUACAUCUGCGCGGACCAUUCUCACAACCGAUUAAGGAAUACCCGGAUAGGCAACAGAAGAUACCAUGGUCACCACGACGGUUUACAUAUGGUGGACGCCGCUUCGUGUGGAAGCAGGGAGAUCCAAACGACGAUGCUAUGCCGGAGACUUUGUACGAAUACCAGCAAGACUGGGUAAAGCCAGGAAGCAGGACGGGCAAGCGAUGCGACGAUGCAAAGCCUAUCAAACUUGUCUGGGGAGAAAAGAAGAGGAAGGGCAAAGUGGACAGCUACACGAUCCAUUUCAGGGGCGGCAUGGAUCAAGUCUUCAGGGAGAUCUUGCUUGCCAGUCAAAUGGCCAGGCAAGUAUGUCUGUUCACCGCGAUGGACUGAGGUCACUAGCGCUCGCCGGCCAAGGGCAAAUUUGUACUUGUAUAUAACCACACAGCGCGAGGCGUUUACGGGGCCGUAAAUCACGGUAUGGAUACCACGGAACAGCAUUUUGCAAUUAGUUGUCAGCAGAGCUUUCUGCCAUUACAGUUUACAUGAUCUUGGGAGUGGGCAGCAGGCUUCUCUACUACCUUGGACAUGAAUUAGGCCCAAGGGCAACACUAAUCAAACUCAAAUAUAAGUCCUUCCACAGGGCAGCAAUGCAGCCUUCACGC